CAGUAGUUUCACAGUGUAUCGUUAUUCGAUUGAUUUUAUUUUACUUUAGAAUCAAAUCAAUUUUGUGUUUUUAAAUAUAAGCACACUUUAUCAGACAUUGGCCACGCAAAAAGCUGCAAAAAUGGAUCAGUUUCCUACGGAGGAAGAGGAGUACGAGUUGAUGUACGGUGAUGAUCUAGAGGCGAUGGACGACAUGGAAGUAGAGAUGUCCCCAGCCACACCAGGACCGUCCAGGUCUAAAGAAAAACCAACGGAACUCCCACGGGCAUCGACAUCGCACUCUAACUACAGCCGUCCCCCGCUGGAUAGUCCUAGUUUGUCGCAAAUCAACGACGACAGUCCCUUACGAAGUCCAGCACUCUCGGUCAUCUCGAAGAAAUCUACCACGGUCAACAAACGCUUGUUCAAUGGGGAGGGGCACUAUAGACGAACAGCUUCUACUCCCUUCCCGGGAACAUCGCAGUCGACGGGAGCUGAUCCGUUGUCCGAGAUUCAGAACAUUGGUCUUAAUCCUCGGAAGAGACGUUUGGAUGCGUUGUUUGGGGAUAUCCAGGAUAUCGAUGACGAUGGGAGUGAGUUCGACUUUUGCCUGCAGGGUACAACGAAGAAGACCAAAACAGAAGAGGAAAUGGAUAUGGAGCUGAUUGGAAAGAUUCUGGAGGCUAGGAAGCAUUUCCAGGCGGCAAUCAAUCCAACCAAAUCGGGUGGGUUGGCCCGGGCCGAAGCUCUGCAUCGGUUCAAGAUGCAAAAUUUGUCCUAUUCGUUGCCGAAAUGGCCAUUUGCCACUGUCGUGAGGAGUGACAACGAAAGAGUUUACGUGCGGUUUCAUUCAGAGGAGUUCGAAUCCAAUUCAAUAAACGAGAUCAAUUGCUUAAAGGACGGCUACAAUGGGUUGCUGGGGGAUGCCAAGGAAAGAGUUUGGAGAGAAGCUAACGACAUCAUCGCUAAACGUUUGGAUGCACCUAGCCGUGCCAUUGAGCCAAAUCCGGACGUCAUUGUCGUUUCAGAUAAAGCGACUGAACUGUGGGUGGAAAAGUAUCGACCCAAACGUUACGUUGAUUUGCUUUCGGAUGAAACGACCAAUCGGAGUCUGUUGCAGUGGCUCAAGCUUUGGGAUAAGGUUGUCUUCGGUCGUGAACCGAAACAGAAGACCGACCCCAAACAGCUGAACAGUUUCAACAAGAAAACCGGUCGCUUUGAAACGAAUGGAGGAUGGAAGCGGAAAACCCGUUCCGCUUUGAAUACGGAUCUGGACGAACACGGCCGACCAGUGCAGAAGGUGGCUCUGCUGUGUGGACCACCUGGUUUGGGCAAGACAACCUUAGCUCAUACCAUUGCACGACAUGCUGGCUAUGUGGUGCGAGAGGUCAAUGCUUCCGACGAUCGAAGCCCAGAAGCAUUCCGAGUUGCCUUGGAAAGUGGAACGCAGAUGAAGUCAUUGUUGAAUAAGGAGAACAGACCUAACUGUAUUGUGCUGGAUGAAAUCGAUGGAGCACCGGUCCCAACCAUUGAUUUCCUAUUGAAAUUUAUUUCCGGGACGGCCAAUGCGCAAGCAGGCAAGAAGGGUAAAAUAGAUAAACCUGGCAAGUUCAUGCUGAAGCGACCGAUCAUUUGUAUUUGUAACGAUAUGUACGUUCCCGCCUUGCGACAGUUGAGGCAGAUUGCCUUUGUGGUAAAUUUCCCCCCUACGGAAGUAGCUCGGUUGGCCGAAAGACUUCUCCUGAUCGCCAAGCAGGAAAAAAUCUCAACAGAUUUGACGUCGAUGAUGGCAUUGGCGGACAAAUCUGGUAACGACGUCCGCUCCUGUUUGUCCCUGUUGCAGUUCUAUAGCUCUUUGAAGAAACCAAUUCGGCUGACCGACGUCUUGAAGUGCAACGUUGGUCAGAAAGAUCGUCACAAGGGUCUGUUCGGCAUCUGGUCGGCUAUAUUUCAGAUCCAACGUCCCAAGAAGACCCUGGUGCAGGAUGAUAACCCCGGCAGCGACGCCAUCGUAAGUCUUACAGACAUGUCCCCGGCAACCAGAAUGGUCAACAUUUUGGAUGUAAUCCACAUGGCAGGCGAUCAGGAUCGACUGAUGCAAGGAGUGUUCGAAAACUAUCUGCACCAGAAAAUGCCUGACCCAAAUAUGGUUGGCGUGGCUGAGGCCGGCGAGUGGUUCUGCUUCAACGAUCGCGUCCAACAGGUGAUCAAUCAUCAGCAAAACUAUUCCAUCUAUCCGUACCUGGCGCACGGGUUCGUCGUAUGGCACUAUCUCUUCGCCAGCCUGGCCUGGCCGAAAAUCAAUUUCCCCAACAAGGGAUAUGAGAAUUCUCAAAAGCUGGCCACCUGCAAACUGAUACUCACCGGCCUACGGAAGGGGCUUUCGGCGCAACUGAAGGGAAUUGGUGAUGGACCAACGGUGCUGCUGGAUACGGUACCACUGCUGAAGCGUGUAAUCAGCCCGUCAUUGCGUUCGGUGUCGUUGCAACUGCUGACGCCCAAGGAAAAAUCCGACCUAACGCAUACGGUCGAAGUGAUGGCCGACUUUGGUCUCAAUUACAUUCAACUGAAGUCCACCGAAGGGACGUAUCAGUACCAGUUGGAUCCGGACAUUGAGCAGCUGGGUAAUUUUCCAGGUGUAACUGGUCAAAAUAUGAGCUACUUCGGGAAGCAACUCGUUGCAAGGGAAGUCGAGUUGGAACAGGUACGGCGAGCUCAACCGAAAGCGGCCAGUAAGGGGCCGUCUGCUAAAAUUACCGAAAUUAAGGAAGGAUCAAGUAGGUCUAGUAAGAGCAGCAAGAAGGUUGAACCACGGAAGCAGAAACCCACGGCGGAACUACCAAAUCAUCUGCAAACGCUGAAGCCGAAACAGAUCAACGAGAAGGUGAAACAGGUGAUAUCGAAGGAUUUCUUCGGUCGAAUAACUACGAAGGAAACAAUGCUGUCCGUUCAAGAAGGUGGAACAGAUACAAUCGUCAAAAGUCCGAUCUGGUAUCGUUACAAGGAAGGUUUCAACAAUGCUGUUCGGAAAGAUAUUACACUACACGACUUGAUGUAAAUUGUAUUACUGCACUUGGAAAAAUGUU